AUGGGAAAUCUUUUCUUUUAUUUCUCCUUCUCCAUUUUCUCCAUGCUCUGUCUCAUGGUUUGCCCAUCUUUAUGUCAUUCCAAUUUUACUCUCGAUGGAUUGACACUUCUUGCUUUCAAAUCUUCUAUUAGGGACCCGUACAAUCACUUGAAAAAUUGGUCCAACCCAUCAUCUUCCUUUUGCAACUGGUUUGGAGUCACAUGUGAUUCUAACCAUGAGAAAGUGAGAAUCCUGAGUCUUCCUGAGAUGGAUCUUGAAGGCACCUUACCAUCACAAAUUGGAAAUCUAUCCUUCCUAGAAAAACUUGAACUACAAAGCAAUAACUUUCAUGGUGGGCUGCCAAAAGAGUUGCUUCAAUUGCGCAAAUUGGAAAUUCUAAACUUGAGUUAUAAUGCACUUAGUGGAGAAAUUCCGACUUGGAUUGGAAGCUUGUUUAUGCUUCAACACUUGAGUCUUGGCAAUAAUAGUUUUGGAGGUCUCAUUCCUCCAAGCAUAUGCAAUUUGUCUAAACUUCAACACCUGAAAGUUUUAUUCAUUUCAAGAAACAUGCUUUCAGGAAGUAUACCUCCAACUAUCUCUAACUUAUCAUCACUUGAACACAUUUCUUUGUCUGUCAACUUCUUAGAAGGACAUAUUCCCAAAGAAAUGAAUAAGCUUACAAAUCUGAAAAAUAUGUACAUGGGUAUGAAUAAGUUGUCAGGGCAGAUACCAAGCAUCGGAAACUUGUUCAUGCUUGAAAAUUUAUAUCUUACAAGCAAUAGCCUCCAAGGAAAUAUUCCGAAUGAAAUAAGCAAUCUCACAAAUUUGAAUAGCAUAUACUUAAGUUUUAAUCAAUUGUCUGGUCACAUACCAAGAGGCAUUGGCAAGUUCACUAGGCUUGAAGAAUUAUUUCUGGACAACAAUAACUUAAAAGGAAAAAUUCCCAGUGAAAUUAUAAGUCUUGCAAAUCUGAGGAUGAUCAGCCUAACGGUUAAUCAGCUAUCUGGGCCCAUACCAGGAGGCAUUGGAAACUUGACUAUGCUUCAACACUUGUAUCUUGAUAGCAAUGAUUUAGAAGGAUCAAUACCUAUGGAAAUUGGUAAUCUUCAACAGCUUGAGAUAUUACAAUUAUCUCAAAACAAAUUGAGAGGGUCUAUUCCAUCAGAAAUUUUCAACAUGUCAACUUUGGAGGUCCUGUCUCUAGCAAACAAUUUUCUCUCAGGAAGUCUUCCAUCAAAAUUUGGAUUUGGCCUUUCUAAUCUACAAAUGCUUUAUUUAUGGGGCAACAAACUUUCUGGAAAAAUCCCAAAUACUAUAUCUAAUGCUUCUAAGCUAACCACUCUAGAAUUGGAGGAAAAUAAUUUUGAAGGGGUUUUACCAAACACACUUGGGAAUUUAAGAUACUUAGAAACCCUUUCAGUGAGUAAUAAUAAUUUUACCAUUAUAGAUAGUUCUGAUUCUAAAACUGGCCUUUUCAAUUCAAUGUCAAAUUGUAGACAUUUGAAAAGUUUGAUUCUCUCAAAGAAUCCACUGCAUAUGAAACUUCCCAAGUCCAUUGGAAACUUGUCUAAUUCUCUACAGGUGCUAAUUGUAGACUCAUGCAGGAUUAAUGGUAACAUACCAUCAGAAAUUGGGAAUCUAUCUAACUUGUUCCAACUAUCAUUGGCUGAAAAUUUUUUAAGUGGAUCAAUACCAAAAACAAUUAGCAACAUACAGGCUCUUCAGGAUUUGAAUCUUAAAGGCAAUGAACUUGGUGGCUUGAUUGUUGAUGAGCUUUGUCAAAUUAGAAGACUUGCCUAUCUAUAUUUAUCUCGAAACAAGUUUUCUGGAGCAAUUCCGCCUUGCUUUGGAAAUCUUAUGUCCCUGCAAAAACUUUACUUGGACUCCAAUGAGUUGAUUUCUGAUAUACCUUCUUCCUUUUGGAAUUUAAUUGGUAUAUUGGAAGUAAACCUAUCUUCCAAUGUUUUAGUUGGAAAUCUAUCAUUCAAGAUUGGCAACUUAAUAGCACUUGUAUCAUUAGAUUUGUCAAGAAAUUGUAUAUCAGGCAUCAUUCCAUCAGCCAUAGGUGGCUUGCAAAAUUUGCAAAUUCUCUCAUUGGCACAUAACAAACUGCAUGGGAAGAUUCCUGAAUCACUUGGGAAUUCUCUAAGCUUAGUGAAGUUAGACUUUUCCCAAAAUCAACUAUCUGGUGAGAUUCCUAAAUCUAUAGAGUCACUUAUAUCCCUUGUGUACAUCAAUCUCUCUUUUAAUGAACUACAGGGUGAGAUUCCAAGUGGCGGAGUCUUCAAAAUUUUAACAUUUGAAUCUUUCAUGAUGAAUAAAGCACUUUGUGGUGAGCCACAAAUGCAAGUGUCUCCAUGCAAAAAAGGAACACGUAAAAGGUCAAUGGAAAAAUUGAUUUUGUUGAAAUGUGUAUUGCCAAUGGUUUUGUCCAUAGCUUUAAUUGCUACAGGCAUUGUGAUCUUUCAACAAAAGCAAAUAAAUUCUAGGCAUACCAUUAGAAAAGUUUUAUCUACUUUAGGAAUGCCAAGAAAGAUUUCUUAUUUUGAAAUUUUGGAUGCAACUCAUAGAUUUGAUGAGAGUAACUUACUUGGAAAGGGAAGUUUUGGUUCUGUGUUCAAAGGAAAACUUUCAAGUGGAAUAAUGGUUGCUGUUAAAAUAUUCAAUUUUGACUCAGAAGCAUUGUCAAGGAGCUUUGAGGUAGAAUGCAACGCAAUGCGUAAUUUGCGCCAUCGAAAUCUAGUGAAGAUCAUUAGUAGUUGUUCCAAUGCUGAUUUGAAGUGUUUGAUAAUGGAGUUUAUUCCUAAUGGAAGCCUUGAAAAAUGGUUAUAUUUUGAUAACAAUCAUUUGGAUUUUCUACAAAGGCUGAAUAUAAUGAUAAAUGUAGCAUAUGCUUUAGAAUAUCUUCAUCAUGACUUGUCAACACCAGUAGUCCAUUGUGAUUUGAAACCAAGUAACAUUUUGUUGGAUGAUAAUAUGGUUGCCCAUGUGAGUGACUUUGGAAUUGCCAAAUUUCUAGAUAAAGGGAAAUCUAAGACGCACACUGAGACAAUAGCUACAAUCGGUUAUAUGGCACCAGAAUAUGGAUCUACUGGAAUUGUGUCAACAAAAGUUGAUGUGUAUAGCUAUGGAAUAAUACUAAUGGAAGUGUUCACAAGGAAAAAGCCAACAGAAGGUAUGUUUGUCGAUGGAUUAAGCUUAAAGACUUGGAUAAGUGAAUCAAUGUCACAUGCAUUGAUUCAAGUCAUGGAUUCCAAUUUAUUACAAGGAGAUGAACAAUAUAUUGGUAAUAUUUUGACAACUACAUCCACUAUAUUUAAAUUGGCCUUGACUUGCUGCUCUGAUUUUCCAACAGGACGUUGCAAUAUGUUAGAUGUUGUAGCGUCAUUGAACAAGAUCAAGGACCUAUUUAUGCAAAGAAGUCAAGUUAAAAAAAUUUAAUAUUAAAUCUAUUUUGCAAUUGGUGUUGUUGUCUAUCCUUCAUUCCUCGACUAUCCCUAAAGAAAAUGUUGGAUAUAUGUAAUACCUUGUGAGAAAGGGUGAUAUGAUGAUAUGUUCUUCUAAACAUU